AUCAGCCUCAGUGACUCUGAGUACAGCAAACGGAAGCUGAUCCUUCCCACAGACGGAGAAUAAACAGACAUGAAAAUGGGUUUGAAACAGAGUCAUUCUCGCUUUAAACUUCUCCCUGUGAAGAAUCCUGAACUCUGGUUCGAUUCUUCUUCAAAUCACAUUUCUGUGGUGUCACGGUCGACGAUGUGGGCUCUGACAGCAGCUGUCAACACAUCGCCGUGCUCCCGGUGUUUCACCGACCCUUCCGGUAACUUCAUGAAGUUGAUGUGGAGAAGAAGAGGAGCAGGGCUGAAGAUGAUGAAUCAUUCUGCUGUGGGGAAAAUCCCAACGAGAGAUCUGAGUACCUCUGUUAACACCCUCCAGUAUGAUUUAAAACCAGGCCCACCAACAUCUGAACCUGGCAGACUGAUGUUUGAUACGCAUGCUGUGGUUCGACUCUUCGAGAACAACGGCUUCACAACGCAGCAGGCUGAAGUGAUUGUUAAAGUACUAGUGAGGAUGACGAACACCAACAUGGAGGUCAUUUACAGCGACAUGGUGACCAAAGUGCAGCAGGAGAUCAUGCUGCAGCGUGUGAUGUCUCAGAUAGCGGCUGUAAAGAAGGACAUGAUUAUCCUUGAAAAGAGCGAGUUUUCGACUUUACUGGCAGAGAAUGAGAAACUAAAGAUCCAGUUACUGCAGCUUAAAGUACAACUGGCUGAUGUCCUGAAUAAAGUUCGCUCAGACACGAUCCUGGACAUGAAUCUGGAGAAAAGUCGUGUAAAAGAAUUGAAAGCAGAGCAUGAAAGGAAACUUCUAGAAACACGGACUGACAUAAUGGAAAUGACGGCAGAGCAGGAACGAUAUUUAACUCAGACCAACAUGAAAAUAGACACUGAAGUGGCUGGUUUGAAAACCAUGUUAGAGUCUCAUAAGCUUGAUACGAUCAAAUACCUCGCAGGUUCAGUGUUCACCUGUCUAACUGUGGUCCUUGGUUUCUAUCGUAUUUGGAUGUAAGCAUCACUACAGCUCUGAUUUUAUUAUAAACUCUGGUAACACUUGAAUUUUCAUUUCUUUUGCAGUGUUAGUAUUUUCUCAGAAGUUAGAUAAUGGAAGAAAACAUUUGAUCAAGUUAAAGUUAUAUUGACUUUAGAAAGCUUUAACCGUUGUGGGCCUUAGGCCGAUAAAUUUAAGCUGCCUUUCUCUUUGUUUGUUUUAUUUUUUCUGUACAGUUGGCAGGUGUACUUAUUAAAAGUUUUAUGUCCAUUUUUAUUCCCAUGGAAAAUAACGGUCAUUCUGGAAACUCUCCAUUUAGAUAAUGUACAAACAUUUAUAAAGGAUUUGUGUUUCCAGAAAAAUCUGUUUGAAACAGAAGUUUUUAAAAAUGUUCUUUGAUUAUUUUAUAUGUGCAUUUUAAGCUAAAUAACUGAAGAGAACAUCAUGGAAGGUUUAUGUUGUGCGACUUUUAAGUACUCAGAUAUACAGCCUCAGAGAUUUUUUUUUUACUGUUGUGUCAAUAGAAGUUAUUGAGGACAACUGAAUAAACUGA